GUCAUCAACAAACUUGGGCCUCUGGAGUGGAUUCUCAAUACUCCCAGUCAUCACAGAGUUCAUCAUGGUAGAAAUCCUUAUUGUAUUGACAAAAAUUAUGGUGGCACACUCAUUAUCUGGGACAGGAUAUUUGGAACAUUUGAAGCUGAAGAUGCAAAAGUUGUGUAUGGCUUAACACAUCCAGUAAAUUCGUUUGAUCCCAUCAUGCUCCAGAUACGUCCCUUGGCUCAUAUUUGGAACACAUUUUGGGCCACACCUGGAUUCUGCAAUAAGCUUUCUGUCAUAUUCAAAGGGCCAGGCUGGGGACCAGGCAAACCUAGACUUGGCCUUCCUGAGGAAAUCCCAGUGAUCACUGGAAAAGAAGUUGUCUUCAAUCCAAGUGUACCAGCUUAUCUCAAUUGCUAUGCAGUUGUACAUUUUGCUGUAAUAAUGGAUUUGUACACUGAACUUCUUGCUACUGUCACUGCAUUAUCACAGGGAACAGUUCUCCUGAGAAUUGGUUUUAUCAUUCUGUCCCUGGCCUGUUUUGGACUACUUAUGGAGAACAAGAUUCCCUAUUCUAUUCUAUUCAUAGGGGUUUACAAACUUGGCUACUUUAGGAGUCAAAUUCCUUUCUUGGGCAAUGCAUAUGAG